GUUGCUUAGCAACGCUCCCAAACUGAAACCCACUGAUGGAUGGAGUAAAAUUCAAGAAAGUAUUUAUAUUUCCGUAGACACUGGGUUGCUGUUUAUUCAAGAGAUUAAUAGUUAAGUAGGGUAUUUACAAUAACCGCGUACUGGCUAACAGCCUACUCCUUUCACACCUUUUAAACGGAGUGGAUUAGAAGUAAAUUGUUACUAGUUUACGUUUGCUAAUCGACAUGGACCUCGAUAUUCGUCAAUAUCUGACUAAGGCUAAGGAGCACCAAGAUUGUGGCGCUCUGCAGUCAGCCUACGACUUAAUCAAGGGGGCGACAGUAGUUGGAGGCAGCGGGCGAACUCCACGCAUUGAUCCGGAGUGGUGCGUCCUGUGCGCUGAGGCUGGGCUACAGCUGGGCUGUGUGGAGAUAAGCACAGCGUGUCUAAAGAUGUACUUUGAAGGGAAUCCGCCGGCUAAUCAAUUUUUGUGUCGAGCCUACCUCUGCCAGGGCCAGCUGAAGUCUCCGCCGGCCACUGGGAGUGUGGAGGACUUCGAAGAGGCUGUGAUGUAUUUUCUGAAGGCAAUUGAAACUUCAAAGCGUGAACCAAGACACCACUUCAUGGUGUUCAACGCCUCAGUGCUGUACUUCCAGACAGUGCAUCCUCUCCUGCAGCCAGGGCGGAGCCUCCACCUGGUGCCCUCUCUCAGGCAGGUGGUGCAAAGUCUGGAGGAGGUGGCAGACCAAGACCACAGCUGGAGGGCUGAACUUAUGAUGCACCUGAUCAAAUGUCUUAUGGACUCCAGGAAAGUUGAGGAUGCAGCAAAUUUUGCAAAAGUUACAGAAGAAUUCAUCAAGUCACACAUUCCACAUCUUUAUCCAAGACUCUUUGCUUUAUUGGUACAACACCAGCUGUCAGAGAGUGACGUCCUCCUGGAAACGAGCAGGCAAUGCACUACCUUAGCAGUCAUUUACGAAAUGCAGGAAUUGAAAAACAGGUUGGAAGGAUUAGACAAGGACAAGCUGACAAAAGAGAAUUCUGCCAAGCUCGAGGAGAUUUUCUGUCUCUUGGUGGAUUGUACCAAAGAGCCUGCUACACCUCUGAACUCUAGUCCUCUUCAGAGCUCAGCGCCCAUCCAGCCAUCUGACAGAGUUGCCUUCCUCCUGGAGUUGGCUCUGCUGGCCUUGCAAGUGAAGCAUCAGAAAGUAGCUGCCGACUGUUUGAAAGAGCUGAAGUCGUCAGGAGAGGCUAGUGUUGGCCAGCGCAUAGUAAUGGAAUGUGUCCACUGUGAAAUCAACCUCCUGAAGAAAGAGGCGAAGAUGAAUGAAUAUUCCAAAGCCAGUGUAGAGGCCCGACUGAAGGAAAUAGGCAAGCUGGAUCAGUGGCUGCAGACUGCAGUGAGGGAGGGGGGCCCUCAGGCUGUGCAGGCAGUGUGUGCUACCCAGUGGAACUUCUGCCUGCCGCUUUUGCAGCACAACCUCAGGAAUCGCAUCAAGACACCGCUGCUCAGGGUCGCCCAGGCACUGGAAGAGAUGCAAAGCAUGUUGCUGGAGCUGCGCUGUCAAGUCCACUCAGAGCUGGCAGUAACUGAAGAGGAGGAGGGGCGCCUGGAGGCUUCUUUGACUCACCUUCGGAAAGCCAUGCUGCUGGAUAACGGGACACAACAAGAACGCCUGUCUUCAGCUUUCCACCUCCUGCAGCUUAGGCAGACCCUCUACCAAACCCCUUCCCGCAUUCAGGAUAAAGCCGCAAUGCUUAUGCAGCAGGCUAGAGACAUGCACCCCGAAGAUAAGACAGACUUUCGACCCAUCCUGGUCGAUGUGGGCCUUCUUUUGGCCCCUGAUGAUUUUCAGAUGGUGCUGGAUGCAGAUGACACUUCAAAAAUUCCCGCAGGCGGUCUUGGAUCUGGACCAGUGGCUCAGCUCGCUGCAAAGGCUCAGCAUCACUCUGCAUCUGUACAGAGGGUGGAAGGACACAUGGCCAGACAAAGAAGUGAUGCAGAUCACACAGAGAUGGUGAGGUUGUGGGCAACAUUAGCAAAGACAGCCAGGAAACAUGAAGUCUGGGGCGUGUGCCGAGCUGCUUGUCGAUUCUGUUUGCUCUAUGAUGAUGGGAGAUGGCAAAAGUCUGACACUUUCAGCUGCUCAGAGGGAGAAAGCUGUGGAAGCCAAAGCUUUGUGCGACUGCUGCGCCUUUUAGCUGAAAUUCACUUCAUCAGUGCUGAGGCCACCAUUCAAAAGCUACUUGAAGAGGGGGUGCAGCUAAAUAGCCCUGCUGUCCCGCCACAGGAGAAAUGGCUUUGUGUGUCAGAAGAGGAUCCACACUGGAUUAUUUACAGGGACUGGAUCCAGGCUCUAUGUGCCUACACCACCUCCAACUUCUUGCGGGCAGGGGAGCUCGGAGCAGAGAUCAGAGAGUCGUGGGUGGUAGCUAAUGCAGCCAUUUACCUGUGGAAUUAUAAUAGCCAUUUGCUUGCAGCUGGGGAAUACAUACUCCUGCUUCCCACCUUCCAGAGUCUGGUGGACAUGCUGCAGAAGACGGGGUACAUCGGGAACCGUGCUCUUUUUGUGCUGCUGUGUGAUGCUGUGGCCCAAGGGUUGAUUCAGCCUCUGUCUGGACCAGACAACAUUGUUCCAGCUCCGGCAGAAGACAAGGGCAAAAAAAGAGCCGAGAAGGGCAUAGCAAAGGCUGCCAGUGCCUAUGGGGUUUUCUUAGACCCUGCUGGUCUCCAGGAUGUCCACAAGGCAUUAGAGCUGUGUGAGUACGCCCUUCGAAUAUCAACCGUCCCAGGGGAGACCGUCCCCAUCGCAGCAAGGAAACGGGUUUUGGCCACGUGGGUGCAGAUCAAUGGACUCUUGCAUCAGGAGAUUGGCUCAAAGAUCGAUAUGCUCAAGAGUGAGAAUGAGGACAUGUCUGCAAUGACGUGUGUGCUGGCUGGAGUGGAGAUGCUCCAAUGCAAUAGGAACGGGCGGCAUAUGGAGUUCUCUGUUCCCAGUCUUUCCACACUGGUGAGCAUGGCCUCUGAAUGCAGAUGGUCUGAUGCCGUGGUGGAGUUGCAGGUGUGGUGCCAGCUGGCUGCCUUCUGCCACGAUGUCAAGGACUACAACUUAGUGUGCAGCUGCACCGACAGGGCUCUGCAGCUGGAAGACGCAACCGCAAAGAGUCUCAACACCAUGCCAUGUGUUCUGUAUGGCCCGACUGCAGUGAAUGAAAUGCUCAGCAUUGCAACCUACUUAAGAGGCUUGAGCUUAGUCCACGAGUCCAGUGGAGAUCUGGACUCUUACAGGGAGGCUAUGAAAGUGCUCCUAUCAAGUAUCAGUUAUGCAGAAAAAGCUGGCAGUCCAGCGUUGUGUGUCACAGCUGCCAAGCAUUACUGGAAUACUUGUCUACCUCUGACACGGAGUGCUGAGGAAAGACGGAAGCUCCAGAAGCACCUACAGAUGAUCCUUAAUGCCCUGGUUCAUACCACCAAACAGGAAAAUCAGCAGAGCAAAGUGAAAAGACCGCUGAUCUUGGCAACACUGCCUCUUGGGAGAUUAAAACAUGGAGCAACAACUGAAGAGGUCCUAACGCUGAGAGCAGCCAUUUACUGUUUGUUGUUCCAAAUCUGCAUCGACGAAGACGACUUUGAAAGUGCUCUGCAGCUGCUAGACAAAGCUACGAGAGACAUGCCUCGCACCAGACAUCGGCUACCUCUGCUCAAAUACUGCGUGCUGGUGAAAGCACGCCUGGGAAAGAACAUACUGCUGGACAUGCAGAAAUUAGAAGAUGAAGGAGAGCAGUGCUGUUCAUUCAUGUGGCAUCAGGCAGCACUGUGUGCUGACACUGUAGCCAAACAACUGACUUACUACCAGAAAGCCAUCACUUCUCUCACGAGCACAGAGACUCAGUGGCAGAAGGUCAGCUUCCUGUUAAGUUUUGGACAGUGGCUGUACAGUCACAAUUUCCACAAAGAGGAUGCCCAGCACCAGGUUCAGUGGGGAAUAGAUAUCCUUCUACACUUGGAACCUGAGCAGGCACAUGGAGUAGAGGAUGAGACUGUAGAGAGGGAUUUGAGCCCUGUGAAAAGUGAGCACCUGCUUGGAGUCCAGGGUUUGUUAUUUACACAAAAGGUGUCCAGUGUGAAGGAGGUGCGUCGCCUGGACUACUUGAUACAAGCACACACUCUGCUUGCCAUCAUGGAAGACAAGACUUCACCUGAGCACCAGCUUAACCUGCUCAGAGCCUACACUUUUGUGCUCCAAAUAUGGCAGGUUUCUAUGGCGGUGGCAUGUGAGAUUUCCAGUGAGAUGGCAAAAAGUGAGGCACUCCAGCCUCCUACCUCUGCUGAAUCCAAAAAAGGCAAAGACAGGGGCAAAGGCAAAAAAGCCAAGGAGCCUACCCCCGCAGAAGAAAGGCCUAAAUCUGUUAUCUUGGAUCAGACACCUCCUUCCACCCCGAGGGACUGGGCCUGCUUUGUCUGUCCUCACCAGGCCAGGCAGAUAUUCAGAACCAGCAGCAACCCCCACUGCAUCAGCACUCACAGCAUUACAAAGCAGAACCAAAGCCUAUUUUAUCUCAGCCUGCUGGAAGAGGAACUGCAUCUGCUCUCACUCGACCACCUGACUCUUCCUGUCAUGCAUCUAGCUGAGACCAUUGCUCAUGAUCUGUUGGAUAGUAAAAGCCUCUCCGACCUCUACAGGCUUCGAAUAGUCAGGACCUGUGUUCAGCUGGGUUUGGAGACACAUUCACCAUAUCAGAAGAAGCUUCUGACUCUGGGUGAAAUCCCAGAACGAGAACAAAUGGGGUGCCACAGAGCCAUAGUGCUUUCAAAGGAGAGGAGCAGCCUUCGCAGAGCUUGUAACCAGAAAGGAGAGAUGGAUGAGAGUACGCCAGACAUUUGGCUGGACAAAGCUGGGGUUUGCCUCAGUAUGGGACUCUAUCAGUCAGCCAGACAGCUCCUGGCUGAGGCCCACAUGGUGUCUAUGGUGCUCGGAGACCAGAAUUCUAUGUCAAGAAGUUUGCUCUAUCUGGCCAGUCUGGCUUGUAAAGAGCAGAACCAUGCCCAGGCUCUGAUUCUGCUGGACAAAGCUCACGCCCUGGGUGGGGAUGAGGACUUCUGGUACCUCUUCGCCCUUACCAAGGUCACGGCUGUGGUAGGCCAGAGACACAAAGAUUCACAAACAAAGGUAGAUCACAUUAUAAAACAAGGCUGUGAGGCUCUGAAGCUGGUCCUGGAUCAGCGGGUAAACCGAGCCCCAGAGCUCACAUUCUUGAUCAUCUCAUUAGAGAAGAGAGGAGCCUUGGAAUCUAUGUGUUCCAUUGGGAGUGGGGAACCUUUGGUGACACUCCACAGUGAGGCUUUCCAGAGGCUAAUGGCUGCCUGUGACACACUCAGAGAGUGUGCCACUGGCUUCACUAAGCUCGGCUAUAGACAACAGGCAGCAGAGGCACAUGGAGAGUGUGCACAAGGUCUGAGGAUCCUAGCCAGCCAUACUACCGAGAGAGAGUUAAAACAGCGCUUCCUGCUUAAUGGGCUCUCCCAGUUGCAGCUCGCUGUCACAGUGCAAGAACACGUGGUACUGAAUGCUCAGAGUCUGCUCCCCCCACAGGAGGAGAGACAUGGACUGUCACUGGCAGCCACACAGAGGUUGCUGCGCCUCCGGCUGGCCCUGGCUGAAUUUUGUCUGUCCAUGCUGGAGGAGCGCUGUGCCGAGGAGACACGGCAAGCUUUGGCCCGCCAGAAGAAGACCCCAGCUGAAAUAGCACUGGAGGAGAUUUCACGCUGCACACCUGAACCUAAUUCUACAGAAGAGGAAUGGAUGAGUGUGGGAAUAACCUUGGGGCAGAUUGCUCUAGGCCAGCUGGCUGCAGUCAGCGCUCGCUCCCUGGACAACGUGGAGAACAGAGCUCGCUUCCUGAACUUAAUGGGAAAGUAUAUGAGACUGCUGGCUGUGCUGGAGGAUCCCAUUUAUCUAUAUUCUCUGUGGGACACAAAUAAGCAGAAGGAAGCCUGGUCUGAUCCUAAAGUUGUUUCCAUGGCUGAGGAGGAUUCAGAGAAAGAUGGAAGAUCAAGCAGAAAAAGGCUGCAAAUGACCUCUGCCAAAAGUUCUGAGCUGCAGAAACGCCAGAAAGCUCAGCAACUGUUGGCGCAAGCCACCAAACCAUUGGCUGAGGCCAUCAACCUGUGUCUCCAACACAGUUUAUCCCCCUCCAUCUUGGCUGGUGCUUCUCUAAACAUGUUGGAGUGUCAUGGCCAAUCUGACCCUGCAGUGGCAGGUCAACAUCUUGCCCUGUUUCAGAGCUGCUGCACUGUUGCUGUGAUGGCUGAGGUCCUAAGUUCUGUCUGUGCUGACACCGGUGCAUCCCAGCUCUCAGCUCUGCUCAGCAUCCGCAGGAGUCUGCUCCUUUCUCACGAGGAGAGACCCAGCAGCAUGAUAAAGGGAGUGGAGGACUCCCUCAGCAGCCUGUCUAAGACCUUCAGCCACCUGACAGUCAACUCCAGCCACCUGAGCAUCCUGGGAGAACUCCCACCCACACUGAAGAUCUUUCUGCUUCAACACUCUGAAAAUGGGUCCGAACUUUACGGCGCUCUCUAUGAGGCAACCAAAGCUCAAAAGGGAAAGACAACACAAGUUACAGGUAGCUUGACCUGCACUAGGGUGGCCAAGGUUUCAGUCUGCCCGCAGGCUCUGGUGGCACUGAGGGAACAGACUGGGGCUUUUUGCCAGGAGACAAGACUUGCUCUCCUCAAUAAAGACUCAUGGCACGGCGCUGAGGACGGGCUGGAGGCCUCUGAGGAACAUCUGGUUUUCCCCCAUAAAUCUGCAGGAGAAGAAGAGUUAGCAGGUCGCUUCAGAGAACUUGUAAAAGAUAUGGAAGACUAUUUAAAUCCACUUCUCACACAGUUUGACUUCUCUUGCUUAAGGUCAAAUGCUGUGUCACUGCCAGUACCUGAAGCGGAGAAAACCAAAGAGAAAGAAGAGAAAGGGAGCUCAGUUAAAAUGCCAACUGAUCCAGGGGAAUAUGUGGUGGUACUGGCAGACAGGAAUUUGCUGGAGCUGCCUCUGGAAUCUCUGUCCAUCCUGCAAGAAGAAGGCCUGAGCUCUGUGACACGAGACUUUUCCCUUCAGCUUUUUUACAGUCGCCUGAAGAAGGAAGAACAAAAAGUUGAAAGCGACAACAAAAAGGAGACCAAGGGUGGCAGGGGAACUAAAGCGAGGGGAGAUCAAAGCCAAGCCAUCAAAGCGGUACCUGCCAAUCAUGUGCUGCCUUCUAACACCUUCCCAUUGGACACACGUAACUUCAAAUAUCUUGUUGACCCUUACAAUAAAGGCCACUUUGGACGGACUAGUCUGAGCAUGAAGAUGAAGGAGAUUUUGGAAACCCACAGCCAGCAUUUAACCCAUCUGUGGGAGGGCUUCAUGGGCAGCAAACAAACACCCAGCCUGUCGGAGAUGGAGCAGAUGUUGUGCAGAUGCAGUGCCUUUCUUUACCUGGGGGUGGAACACUUCACGGCAAACGUUCCACCCGCCAAACUCGCAGCCCUCAGUUUGUCUGAGUGUCGCAUGGCUCUGCUGUUUGACCAGGUUCACAACAAGGCCAGUGUUCUCCAUCAGUCAAAGCGUGACAUGCAGCAGAGUGCAGGAACGUUUGUCCUGGAGAACCCCUACGAGACCGCUCUGUUGCUGAGUCUGAGUGGUGUUGGCUGUAUUGUCCUGAACCAGUGGCACAGCAGCUUUCACCAGAACACUCGUAAUGUGGCCGCUGUUUUAGACAAUAUGCUAAGGAUCCGACAAACCUCUGGCCAGGCCGUACAUGCCCUUAGAAAAGGGGACAAUACAGAGAUGCCACAUCACAGGGUCAAAGGAUCAUAUGAUCAGGAGCUCCUCAGUGACUCAAAUGAAGGAAAGGAAGAUGAUGAUCUCACACCAUCAGCCUUCAACUGCAUUCUUUAUGGACUUCCUAACUUAAUUCUUAUGUAAUAAUCUGGAUAUUGUCAAUAUCUCACAGUUCAACACAUGCAGGCAGCUUUGCAAACAGUGCUUUAUGCUGCAACUAAAGCUUCUUCAUUAAAAAAAAAAAAAAAAAAAAAAAAUUCAGUGGUUUCAAUAGUGAUUUCACCAUAUAUAGUAGUGCCCAACUCUGUAGGACUGCAGCCUAGCAAUAUAUGAAGUAUGUAGAAUGCACUGUCCGGAUUGGUCACCGUGAUUACCAAACAGGGGUCCAAAGAACCAAUGGUUCAGUAAGUGUGUUUGACAAACAAGCUGCUGGUCUGUUUGGGUCAGCAGGCGUGUUAACACCAUAUUUUUAGCUGCUCCAGUCCACCGCUUGUUUGUUUUGUACAGCAAAGGUUAAAGUAGAUUAGGAAGCUAAAAUGAAAGUAUGCAGGUAAAAUUGACAGAUUGCAAACUUUGCGGCAGGCUGACAGCAGCCGUCCUCUAUUUCUAGCAGAGAUACCUGCAGCAUGCAUAUUAUUUUUUAUUUAUAUCUACUAAUAAUUAAUGCUAUAUCCUUUGUUGUCCUGGUGCAGAAAAAAUGUUAUGUCACUAACUACCAAAGUAUCAUUAAUGUCUUUACAUUAGGCAUAUAGAUCUAUUAAAUGUGAGAUUGGGUGGUGCAGUGGCUAAUACUGUCACAUCAUAGCAAGAAGAUCCUGCGUUCAAAUCUGCUGUCCUCUCACAGUCCAAAGACAUGCAUAUUAGGUUAAUUAGUGAUUUUAAAUUGUGAAUGAUUGUCUGUCUCUUCAUGUUGGCUCUGCAAUAGACCGGUGACCUGUCCAGGGUUAUACCCUGUGAAAGCUGGGAUAGGCUCCGGCACCCCCGUGACUCUAAAUUGGAUAAGUGAUUAAGGAAAUAAAUGGAUAGAUGACUGUGAGAAACCAUUUUGCACAAGGACAGAGCUUAAAAACUACGGCUUGUGUAGUAUUGAUUGUAGUGAAGCAGCUUCAUCUUGUACCUGCAGCUACAGUUCUGUUACUGCUUUGUUUUCUCAGGAUCUUUUCUGUAAACUGCAAGCAGUCGAUGCUGGUUUAGUCUGCUCUACACAGUGUUUGCCAGACUUCUUUUGUUUUCCCAUGUCAAAUUAAAUGACCCUAGUUUUACCCGUUGCUAACAGGUUCUGCCAAACUGUGUAAAAAUGAAAGCUGCUUUUAGUUGAUCCUGACAGAAGCAGAAAGUGAGACUUAAAAUAAAUGUAAAUGUGUGCACUCAUUUCAGUUUAGGGAGUGUCUUUAUCAGAUAUUGUAGGACACUAAAUGUUAAUUUAGCAAAUUUCCUAAAUGGUAAAUAAAAGAAAUAAAAGAAAAAAUUAAGACAGUAUAUUUAUUUUCUCUGUUACCUGGUUGUUGAAGUUUCCACACAACAGAGUAUUUCUGCACCUGGGAAAAAAAACAGUUAUGUACUGUAUAAUGCUCUAUUUGUGUCUGUGUCUGAUAAAUUAGUUAAGUGAGCUUUGUGCUGAUGAUGCAUAAACUUAGCACAAAAAAUAAGGAAAUUUAUGU